GCUGCGAAUGAAUGGUAAACUAGUCCGAGUGGGAGCAACUGCGUGAUCUCUACGUUCCGGAUUGGACGCCUCGCAUUAUGGCGAAGGCAGGACGGAGCUUAUGGUUCAAUGUGUACAGGAGAAAAUACCCCCGUUGGACACAUACCCUUCUCAUAGGGUUAUCAGACUGGCAGAAGGGGGAGAGAAGAUACGGACCUCAUGGUGUAGAGAGAAUAUAGAAGAAACUAAGUUGUCCCAAGUACAGAUCAGCAAACCGGAGAAAGAAAAAAGAUGGACAACCUUGGGAACAGUGGUGGAGGAUCAGACGAAGAAAAAGAGGCGAAAACUCAAGUAGAUGAAGACAUCAGUGAGAGUGACAAAAAGCUCAAGGAAGAGCGCAACAUGGCAGAGAAAGGUGACAAAGAGAAAGGUGACAAGAAGAGAGAACUUCGAAGAUCUGGUUCGUUGUGGAAAGGAGGUUGGGCGCUGUCUGAACGCUUGGCCAUCAACGUGUCAGGUAUGCGCUAUGAGACGCAGAUUCGGACCCUGUCCCAGUUUCCCGACUCUCUGCUUGGAGACCCAGAGCGUCGCCUGCAGUACUUCGACCCUCUACGCAAUGAGAUCUUCCUGGACCGUAACCGAGUCUGCUUUGAUGCCAUCCUCUACUUCUAUCAGUCUGGUGGGCGCUUACGGCGGCCUGCCAACGUUCCCCUGGACAUUUUCAUGGAAGAACUGCGUUUUUAUGAGCUGGGAGAGGACAUCAUGACUCGGUUUAAGGAGGACGAAGGUUUCCCUAAAGAGGUUUCUCAGCCGCUGCCGGCUAACGAUAUCCAACGCAAGCUGUGGAUGCUCUUUGAACACCCAGAAUCUUCUGGUGGUGCCCGCAUCAUCGCCAUCAUCAGUGUGAUGGUGAUCGUGGUCUCCAUCCUCAUCUUCUGUUUGGAGACACUGCCUGACUUCAGAUCAGAGAAGGAGCUGAGAGAGCAAGUUGCAUACCAGUAUCAUCCCAGUAAUGGAAACAUAACCAUCCCUGGUUCCUCUCCAUUUCACGAUCCGUUCUUCCUGGUAGAGACCAUGUGCAUAUGCUGGUUCUCCUUUGAACUAGUGAUGCGCUUUAGCUGCUCUCCCAGUAAGAUGUACUUCUUCAAGGAUGUGAUGAACAUCAUUGACUUCUUUGCCAUCAUUCCCUACUUCGUCACGCUCGGCACCGAGCUGGCCAAGUCAAAGGGAGCCACGCCAAGCAUGUCCCUGGCCAUCAUUAGGGUCAUCCGUCUGGUAAGAGUCUUCAGGAUCUUCAAGCUAUCUCGCCACUCCAAAGGCCUUCAAAUCUUGGGCCAGACACUAAAGGCCAGCUUAAGAGAACUGGCACUGCUCAUUUUCUUUCUCUUCAUCGGUGUCAUCAUAUUCUCCAGCGCCGUUUACUUUGCAGAAGUGGACAACGAAAAAACGGCUUUCACCAGCAUCCCAGAAGCCUUCUGGUGGGCUGUGGUCACCAUGACGACAGUGGGAUACGGUGAUAUGUACCCGACGACGGUGGGCGGAAAGCUGGUGGGUUCUAUGUGUGCUAUCGCUGGUGUGCUCACCAUCUCGCUUCCCGUUCCUGUCAUCGUUUCGAACUUCAGCUACUUCUACCACCGCGAGAUGGAGUGCGAGGACAACCAGGAGUACACCCAUGUCAACACCUCCCUUUGGGAGAAGGAAGGAGGAAAGGACGAAGAAGACGACGAUGAGGAAGGGCCAGAUGAACAUAGGGACUAUGCUCCUCUUGAAGGAGACAUGGCAUACAGGGGGAUCUGUGCUCCUCUCAAUGGGACUCUACUAACUGGGCUUUGUUCUGGGGAGCAAAAAGAUGGGGCCAUUUGCCUACGGGAGCCAUUGGUCACCCAAGUAUGAGAAACAAAACGGGAAAACGAGAGAUGCCGUGUGUCGGGUUCAUUGGAGAAGAGCCGACAGCAUGCAACUCAGAAGGUACUUUUGGAAAAUUUAGAUGCAGCAGGCAGAGGAAGAAAUACAGCUAGGAGGUAUAAAGACAUUUUAAAAUAUCACUGACCAGCAAUAACACAUUUAAAGGAAGCACUUAGUAUUUUUUUGAGUCAGCUAUGAUUCAUCGGGGGAUAAAAAGUGUGCUAUUAGGUAUUGUGAUAUUAGGUGACCUGUCGAUGUAAGUGUAUGAUUUGUAUCAUGUUUUCAAAAUGAGUUUACUGUAUGUGUAAAACUUUCUAAUGAAGAUUCUUUUGUAAUGUUCUAGUUUUUUUGUGGAAACUAUUUGUAUCUAUUCAAAGAGUGCCAUUUUAUCGUCUUAAUGCUAGAAUGUGUACGGAAUAAUUAACCGGGCAUAAGCUAAGUUGUGUUGUGCAAUAAGCAUUGCACCUUUGCUGUCAAGACCUUACUGUAGUUCUUGACAUACGACUUAUUCAUAGUAAGAGACUCUGAGCAGUGUCAUUUAAAUGUCAUGCAUUUUAUCACCCAGUUGCCUCCAUAACUGUUCCUGGGAUUUGUGUGUCAGGCGACAGUUUAAAGUCGUAAAUUCAUCUGGAAUUGUU